AAUCCUGGCCUACCUAUAGUCGCACUAAACCCUCCCGCGGGAUGGCCUCACUACCUCCAAUUUGUCGUUUUCUUCACUGCCUGUACUGGUGCUCGCGUGUGGACCUGUAUAUUGGCUAUGGUGCUCUACCUGCAACGGGCACGCAGCCUCUGUUUUGUACUACGCCACCAACACUUUAUCUAUCUGUUCGGCACCACAUUUCCUUUCCUCAUAACCAGCAUUCUCCUAUUGGCUUCAGACAGGCAGCGUGUCAAGGACAUUGAUCCGGCCUUCCAGUAUGGUUCGGCUCAGGUGACGUCUGGGAGCAGUCUUGUUUUGCUAUACCCUUAA